AUGCUUAAGCAAAAGCUGCGGCGGCAAGAGUGGCGGCGCCGGGGGCAGCACCGAUCCCGGCCCCUGGAGAGAGUGUCCGAUUCGGUUCCGAGGCCACAGCGGCCCGGCCGGCUCGUCCACCUCACAGACCUGCCCUGGGAGCCGCCAUCUUGGGCCAGCGAUAAGGGCUGGCUGGGGCAAAGGUUAGGGAAGAACCUUGAACCCCAGCCUGCCUGCGUAGGGAGGCGAGGUUUGGAGAGCACCGAAGAGAAACUGUCUGUCAAUCUAGCCUUAGAAAAGACCGUCCCAUUAAAGCCAGAGGUGAAGAACGGUAGCCGACUCCAGGGGUCCAAGGAGCUGGGCUCCGGAGGGGCCAGGUUGUUUGGGGUUACUUUGAUUGCUUCAGCAACAAAGGAAUCAAAAGAGACUACAUACCUGGCUGAUCUCUGCUCUAUCUCAGGAAACUUCUUUACCAGCAGGGUAAAGAGGCAACUGAGAAAAGAACCAUCUUCCUUCAUGAAUUUGUUUAAGAGUCUAACUUACAGGAUGAAGGUCCAGUGUUCCCUGGCUUUGAUCCACGUGCUUCUUGCAGCCAGUGUGUGCAUUAUUACCGUCUACAUGGGACUGUUUGACAACAUUUUCACUGAAGUGGGCUAUGAGUACUAUGCUGAGGUUCCAGUUCAUACCUUCCCAUCCUUUAUAGCUAUGCCUUUUAAUUCUCUCAUUAACCUGGGCUACCUGCUUUUGGGAUGGUACUGGUUGCAGAGAAAUAAGAAACUUAUGGGAAAUAGGGAAGAUCUGAGACAAAUCCGUUACCUGAAAGAUGUCUUUGCUGGCAUGGCCUUGCUCUAUGGUCCCAUUCAAUGGAUACGUAUCUGGACCCAGACACACAACUCUGCUGUUCUAGAUCAAUGGUUUACUUUGGCCAUUUUUGCUUGGCCAGUGGUCUGGUGCCGCUAUCUGGAGAAUGGCUGGCAUCCCUGGUCAUUCUUUUGUAUCGAGUUUAUCUCUCUGGCCAGUUAUUGCCUCACCUUGUUCCACCAUCUUGGAUUUGAUGUAGCCUUAGCAUGUCAUAUUUUUGUUGCUAUAUGGAGUGCCCUACAUGUGCACCGCCAUUAUGGAGAUAUUGUCUCUGCCACAUACAUCAUUCUGGCUAUAAUAUCUUGCCUGGGCUUUAUUGUCCUUAAGCUGGGUGACCACUGGCUUUCUCAGUGGCUGUUCUUCCAGGAGCUGACUGGACACUUCUGGUCCAAAAUUUGUGACAUCUUACAGUUCCAUUUUGCCUUUCUCUUCCUGACACACUUCAAGAGUCCACAUAGACGGCGCAUUCUUGUGGGAAAGAGUAUUUAAGUGGGCCAAAAAAAGCAGUUGCUGUCUUGUUUUAAUGCAUAUAAUUGAAAAACAACAGUGUUCCAGUUAAAUGAACAUCCAUCUCUGUUUACGUUCAAAUCAUCUUCCUUGUUUUAAAUGGCCAU